AUGAAGACACCAAUUAAUUAAGACCUAUUAGACCAAUAUAUUGGGAUGGGAUUUUCCAAGGAAUUGAUCAACAUGGCAUGGGAGGAGAGCAACACAGAAGCAGAUGUCAUCAAUACUCUACUCACUUUGUCAGACAAAAACAAUGCACUAGCCAAUACACCAACAGUAAUCCAUUUUUGAAUUUAUCCAUUAGAAACAAGACGAAGAGAUUUUACUAAAUUAAGCAUUAAUAGACUCUUACAAAACUAAUCCUUAAGUGUCUACAUCCACCUUUGAAAUCGUAUCACCUGAAUAACGAAAGAGAACUAAUGGUGUUCCAUGUGGUCUUAAAAAUGUUGGCAAUACUUGUUACUUUAAUGGAUUACUCUAAACAUACUUCUUCAAUAGUGAUUUUGUUAAAAUCAUUAUCAAGUUUCAACCACCUGCUCAAAUUGAAUAAGGUAAGUAGGGCAAAUCCAUUCAAUUGCUGCAAAAUCUUCAACAUCUAUUCCUCAGUAUGAUAGGAAGUGAUAAAAAAUACGUGGAUCCCUCAGAUGUAAUCAAGAGCAUCUGCGAUGACUUUGGAAAUGUUCUUCCAAUAGGUGAUCAGAAGGAUGUUGGAGAAUUCAAUACCUACUUCCUGAGCAGGAUUGGGGAAGGCCUAGCUUAUAAUGAGCAUUAACCUAGCAAAAUAGAAGAGCAACCUCAUGAAGGUCCUCCUUCUAUUUUGAGAAUGAAGUCAUCCACCAUUCAUGAUGAGGAUGUCGUCUCCAAGUUAUUCUUUUGUAAAGUGCAUCAUUACUUGUAAUUUGACCAAGCUGGCAUCCCUCAAAAUAGAGACAACACUGAACUUUAUAACUUCAUUCCUAUUGAUUUGAAAGAUGGCAAUCUCUAUGAUGGUUUCGAUAAUUUCGUUGUCAAUUCUAUUGAAGAUUUCAAAAAUGAUUUAAGUGAAAUUGUUUGUGCCACCAAGUACAAUUGGGUUUAAGGUGCUCCAUAGACAUUGUCAUUCUAAAUUAAAAGAGUUGCCUACAAUAAAGAGAAAAGUAAUUCAUUCAAUUUAUUUAGAUGAUCUUGUAAAACAAAAUGAUGAAUUCUACUUUGAAGAGGAAAUCUAUUUGGACCGCUUCCUUUAUGAAAACAGUAAACGAUACCUGGACAUUCGAAAUUAAAAUAGAGAAUUGAAGGAUAAACAAAAGGCAAUUAAAUAAGAAUUAUUAUAACUCUCAAAAUUUGAUGAUAAAUAUGAUCUACAAGAUGUUUUAUAAACCGCAGUCAAAUUCUUAACAAUGCAAUCAAAAGAAAAUCCUCAAAACCCAGCCAAUUUUGGACCUUCUGAUCAAACAAACACUAUUGAAUAACUCUAAAAAUAUUAAUUGUAAGUCUAAAAAAAGAAGGAAAUCUUGCAAAACCAAUAUAAUGAUCUUGAAGAUAAGAUCUAGGCUUCUUACAAUAAUUUUAAGGGGAACAAAUAUUAAUUAUAAUCUGUUCUAAUUCAUGAGGGAAUGGCAAGUAAAUAAUAUUAUUAAACUACUUAGAUUCUGGACACUAUUAUACUUACAUCAAAGAUUUCAGAUUAAAUAAGUGGUUCAAAUUCAAUGAUAUUCGUGUUACAGAAGAAACUAGAGAGAAAGUGUUCCAAGAUGCCAUUGGUGUCAAACCAGGUAUCAAUGCUUACUUGCUUAUCUAUGUGAAAGAUGAAUUUGUAUAAGAAGAAGUAAAAUUUCCAAAAAGAUUAUAUUCUACAAGCACAGAAAAGGAUUAUUUACAAGAUAGUUAUGGAAGUUUCCUUAGUCAAAGUCAAAAUGAAAGUAUUAAAAGAGAAAAUCAAUUGUUCUAGAAUGAAAUUGAAGAUUACAAGUAGGCCAGAAUAAUUGAAAGGAUUGCUGAGGCUUAUCAAACUCGGUUUGAAUUUGUCAACGAACACUUUCGUACUCUGGUUAAUAAGACUUAAAACAUCAAAUUUAAGCCUCUUUUCACUUAAAAUUUCCCCAUUUACGUUAAAUGCAAGGCCUCAUAGAUAUCAAAUCAAAAUACUUAGCAUGACAAUUUAAUAAAAUGGAUUAUCUUGGAUUCUGCAUUUCGUGAAGUUUAAGAAAACAAAAAAGGAAUUUUCGGAGGAUAGAUAAGCGAAAAUGUAUUUAUUCAUUAUUAGGUCUUAGUUUUAAAAUAAGUUGAUAAAUAAAUUUUCAGUACAAUUCAAUGAAUUUAAAAGACCAUCUGCAAUAUUGACAUAAUCUGAAUAAAAUGAUUUGAAUAAAUUUGAAUAGGAAUAUCUUAAUUAUGUAAACUUAGGAUCAUGGGCAACAAUCAUAUUAGAACUAUUGGAGAAAAAGGAUUUUAUUCAAGUGUUAUAAGUUCUAUAAAGUUUGACUAAGAAAGUGAAAACCUUAGAGUAAUAGAGUUACUUUUUUAAAUUUACUAAGAAUCUAAAGAUUUUAGUGCCUAUUAUAAUAAUAGGUAAGAUGAUUCCAAAAGAAUCUUAAGUUAAUCUAAAAGAAUUAUAGUUAUUGUAGGCAUAUUUAGUGCAUAAUCACUUCUAGUAUGAUGAUCCAAAGUUAUGGAAAACUGAAAUUUCAAUUAUGUUAAAUGCUAUAAUAGAAAAUCAUAAUCAAUAGGCUGUUAAAGAAAUUAUAAAUAAUUUUGAAGCUGAAAAUAAGAUAAAAGAAAACAUGGACUUGUUAGAAUUUUUGUCUGAGGUAUUAUCAUGUUUGAUCAUUUAAGGAAGUUUAAAACUAUUAAUUAGUGAUAAGUUCUGCUUAUGAGAUCUAUUUCUGGAGCACUUAUUAAAAGUAAGAUCAAAUAUUUGAUAAAUUGCUUGAAGGAAUGAACAAGUUGAAAUAAUUAUUUGAUGUAAGAUAUCAUUAUAAAUAAUUUUAGCCGUUUAUAAAAAUUCAAUAAGCAUUAAAAGAUCCUCAACCUCUUAUGAAGGAAGACUUAGAGAAAAUUAUAAAAUGA